AUGAGUGAAGAACAAAAUGUUAGUAAUGAUUUAAUGGAUCUUGAAACUACAUUUGACCAAAUGGGUCUAGAUAGUAGAAUUUUAAGAGCAUUAAAGAAAAUGGGUUUUAAAAAUCCAUCACUCGUUCAAAGUAAAGCAAUUCCAUUAUCACUUCAAGGUAAAGAUAUUUUAGCUAAAGCAAGAACUGGUUCAGGUAAAACCGCUGCAUAUUCAAUCCCAAUUAUUCAAAAGAUUUUAACUGCCAAAGAAAAAACAAAUAUUAAGGGUGUCAAAGCAGUUAUUUUAGUACCAACUAGAGAGUUAUGUGAACAAGUUAAACAACAUUUCACUCAAUUAUCAUGUUAUUCAAGUCAUUUGGUAUCAGUUGUGCAAUUAGGUGGUGAUAAAUCAAUCGAUGAACAAAAGGGUUUACUUCGUGAUAUCCCCGAUGUUAUUAUUAGUACACCAACUAGAUUAGUUCAACAUCUUCAAAAUAAAACCAUUCAAUUACAAUCAUCUUUAGAUAUUUUAGUUAUUGAUGAAGCCGAUCUUGUUUUAUCAUAUGGUCAUCAAGAAGAUAUUAAUAUCAUUAAAUCAUUUUUACCAAAAGUUUGUCAAUGUUUCCUCAUGUCUGCUACUUUAACCCAACAAGUCGAAGAAUUAAAAAAAUUAGUUCUCCACACCCCAGCAAUUUUAAAAUUAGAAGAAGAUAAAGCCAUUCAAACCAAUUUAACAGAAUAUUCCAUCAAAUGCGCUGAAACCGAUAAAUUCCUUUUAAUAUUCUCAUUAUUAAGAUUAAGAUUAAUGCAAGGAAAGAUUUUAUUCUUUGUCAAUGAUACAAAUAAUUGUUAUAAAUUAAAAUUAUUUUUUGAAAGAUUUCAUAUUAAAUGUGCAGUUUUAAAUUCAGAAUUACCAAUUAACUCAAGACACAAUAUUAUUUUACAAUUCAAUAAAGGUAUUUUUGAUUAUUUAAUUGCAACUGAUGAAUCAUUUAGCUCAACUACAUCUACAUUAAAAGAAGAAGAAUUAGAAGAUAAAGACGAAGAAGAAAUGGAAGAUAGCAUCGAUGGUGAAGAAGAAGAUAUCGAAAAUUUAAUUAAAAAAAAUAUUACUAAAUCAAAUAAAUCAAAUAAAUCAGAUCCAAAAGUUGAUAAAGAGUAUGGUGUUGCAAGAGGUAUCGAUUUUAAGAAUGUAGAUAUUGUUGUAAACUUUGAUUUCCCAAGAACCAUUAAGAACUAUAUUCAUCGUAUUGGUAGAACUGCUAGAGGUACAAAUAAAGGUAUUGCUUUAUCAUUCGUCACUUUUAACAACGAAAACUUAUUAAGCAAAGUUCAAAAGACAAGAGGUGAAGCCGGUUACAAUUUAAAACCAUUCGAAUUCAAGAUGAAUGCAAUCGAAGGUUUCAGAUACAGAGUAGAGGAUGUACUCAGAAACGUUAAUGUCCGUUCAAUUAAAGAAGCCAGAAAAUCUGAAUUAAAACAAGAAGUUUUAAACAACGAAAAAUUAAAGUCACAUUUUUCAGAAAAUCCACAAGAUCUUUUAGCUUUAAAACACGAUACUGCUCUCAUUAAAAAACAAGUAUCAAAUCAUUUAAAAUAUGUCCCAGAAUAUCUUUUACCACAACAAUUUAAAUCACACGUCGAUCAAAAAUUAGAAGUCAUUCCAUCAACCAACAAUCCUGAAAAAGUUAGAGGUGUAAAUUACAGUAAAAAAACCGAACAAAGAAGAAGAAAGAAAGAUAUUUUAAAGACUUUAUCAAUGAAAGCUGGUUCAACCCUUACUGGUGAAGAAUUGGCUCAAGCUCGUUCUAAAUCUUUAAUUAAGAGAUUGAAAAUUAAAGAAGAUAAUAUUUCUGCUGAUGGUACAUUUAAAACCGUUAAAGUCAAGAAAACUCAUAAAAAAAAUAAAUCUGGUUUUGUUCAUUAA